CGCGUCCGUGAGCGGCGGCGGCAGCGGCGGACCCCGGACUCUCGGUCCCUCUGUGCGUGGCGCUCUUCCCCCCCUCCCCGCCCCCCCCUCCGGCGGCACCGAGCGGAGGGGAAUAGCUGUGGCUUCUGAGUUGUUCCAGUGGAGCACCUGAAGAAUCUGACUGUGAAGGCUUGCAUGUUAUGACGACCCCCAACAAAGGAAACAAAGCCUUGAAGGUGAAGAGGGAGCCAGGUGAGAAUGGGACCAGCUUGACAGAUGAAGAGCUGGUGACCAUGUCCGUGCGGGAGCUGAACCAGCAUCUGCGGGGCUUGUCAAAGGAGGAGAUAAUCCAGCUCAAGCAACGCCGGCGGACCCUGAAGAACAGAGGCUAUGCUGCCAGCUGCCGUGUCAAGAGGGUGACGCAGAAGGAGGAGCUGGAGAAGCAGAAGGCGGAACUUCAGCAGGAGGUGGAGAAGCUGGCCUCAGAGAAUGCCAGCAUGAAAAUGGAACUCGAUGCCCUGCGCUCCAAGUAUGAGGCGCUGCAGAACUUCGCCCGGACCGUGGCCCGGAGCCCUGUCACCCCUGCCCGGGGACCACUUGCUUCAAGCAUGGGGCCCCUUGUGCCCGGCAAGGUUGCCACCACCAGCGUCAUCACAAUAGUGAAAUCCAAAACGGACGCCCGGUCUUAGUGAAAGGUGCACCGCCUGGGCUUGUGUGUGCAGGGCAGAUAGGCACAAAGCUCAUCCGGAAUCCCCAAAGCACAACCCUCACCCAGAUGGCCCAGCCACACAGGCACACGCUGGCCUGCUUGUCACUGCUGUCCCCUUGUUUUUAGCUUUGUUCUGGUUGAUGUGACUGAUGGUAAUGCAGCCUCUCUGUGUGAGCAGAACCUUCCACCCAGGGUAUUCUGGGAACAGAAACUGAAGGACCUCAGUAUCCUAGCCAAAGGGAUUCUCAGCAGCAUAGAGUAGAUUCUUGGGGUGGAAUAACCCAAAUGGGGGAGGGCAGAGGUCACAGAAAGUUGGAAGACCUGCUGUCGGUAUCGUCUGAUGAUUUGUACUAUUCUUCCAGGGUUGUGUGUCAGCUGUCCAAUCUGCUGCUUGUAAAUUGCUUGGUAUCAGUGGCUAUAAUGGGGGUAGUUUGUGUAACCAUUUUUAUAUUAACAUCUAGUUGCGCCUCUUGUGUUUAAAAGUGGGAUUCCUUUGGACUUUUCCUGAAGGGGGAGGAAAGGGGCAAAACUGCAGUUUCCUGGUGUCUGUGCUGCAGAGACGGGAAAGAAGAUGGGAAUGGGCACCGUAUUAACCUGUCGGGAAGGAGGCAGGCUGUACCAUGGUGACUACAGGCCAGUUUUGUGCCUAAUGUGUUGCACUGAUCAAGACCAAAAUCACUAGUUGUUUCGUGUGUUCGGAGAGUAUCAAGUGUCUCUAGUGUGAUGGUUUACACAACCAGUUUAUGUGGUUUAAAUAGCCCUUUAUUUAAGAGAGAAACAUUCAUUUUAAGAAUUAUGAAAAGAUCUAAGUUUUCAAACUUAAAAUUGGACAAAACUUGUAUUUGACAGUCUCCUUUUUAACCCGAGAGGGUGAGAAUACUUGAUUGUCUUGUUCUCGGAGGUGUUGCUAGUUUGAAAAAGAAAAAGUAAAUUUUAAAAGUUUCUCGCUAAGUCUUUGUGGCUCUGAGGUUGGUUUUUAUAAAGAGUUAUCAGACUUUUAUUUAUAAAUAACAUAGGGGGAAAAAAAACAAAAAAAAGGCUAGUCCUGUUUGAUAUCUUUUUGCAAUUGUACCAAAAGUGACUUAUUCUUGAACUCCUCACCUGCUUCUUUUGUGCUCCCGUUGUGUUGAGUUGUCUGUGCUCUGAGGUCUUGUGUGGCGCUGUGAUGUGAUGGUGCCAAUGGCCAACUUUACUGUGUGGAUGUCCUGUGAGCAUUUUUUGUGUGUGUGUUUGCUUUUCCUGUGCUGAGUGCAGAGAUUUUGU